UGUCAAGAAUGUUGGUAAUCCUCAAAAGGUAACGUAUUCGGUUUCGCGAAACACAAUAUGUAGAAGAGAAAAUAUCGAGUUGGUUUAUCAACGCCGUCGGCCGGAAACCCGAGACUCUCAACGCGUGUGCGUGUGAGAAACGUCACAACUAGAAAUCGUAGAAUCAUCACCAAGGUACUCCGGCCGACGCAGUGCACCACCAAGACACAACAUCCCAUUCUCCCGAAAGCCAUUGUCAAAAUAUUUCACCGUGACAUAAAAUCCCUUCAAACUUUCAUCAUGCUCAGCAAAGACAAUUGGGUCCUCUGGGGCUUUGUGAGCAUUGCCCUUGUGCUCGCUUAUCUCGUGCGUGUAAAUCGGCAGUUGAGCGGGACACCAGAGGAAGUGAGACGGCUGUCCGGAUCACGAUGGACGCCCGAACUCCUUAAGAAGACGUACGAGAGACUCCAGCAGCAUCCUAUUGACUACACGCACAAGCUGCCGCCGAAGCUGGAUCGCAGAUAUAUCGUCACUGGCGGGUCUGGCCUCGUGGGCGGGUAUAUCGUGCUACAGCUCAUAGCGCGCGGGACACCGCCGACGCACAUCCGCAUCCUAGACAUCCGGCGGACAGAGCGCAGUGACAUGCAAUCCGGGCCGGCCUUAGAUGUCGAUUUCGCCCAGACGGACAUCACAUCCCGCGCAUCCGUCGACGCCGCAUUCGCUCGCCCGUGGCCCAAGUCCGCCGCCAACCUACCGCUGUCGGUGUUUCACACGGCGGCAGUCAUUCUAACGUCCGAUCGGUCGGCGCACUCGUACGCGUUCCCUGAAUCGGUGAACGUCAAAGGCACCGCCAACCUCCUAGCCGCCGCGAAAGCGGCAGGGGCCUCCGUCUUCAGCGCCACGUCCUCGGCGAGCAUCUCGAUCCGGUCCGUCGGCGCGUGGGUUGCGCCGUGGGCGAGGGAGCCGAGGGGUUUCUUCCAGGUGCUCGAUACGCGGGACUUCGAGCUGCCGCUGCGAGAGCGCUCGGGGUAUUUCGGCAAUUAUCCGGCUAGCAAGGCGGUCGCCGAACGCUUUGUUUGCGAAGCGGAUCGAGAGGGCUUUCGGACGGGUGCUAUCAGGCCUGCGAAUGGCGUCUAUGGAAAUCCCACGGAUAACACGGUUGGAGACCCGCUAAGCAGAGCUGUUAUGCCUACGUGGGUUAAUCACAUUGUGCAAAGCUUCGUGCACGGCGCCAAUGUGGCGAUAGCACACUUGCACCACGAGGCGGCGCUGCUCCAGCCGUCAGCAUCGUCACAUUCGGGCCGGCCAUUCGUAGUAACCGAUCCGAACCCCCCAAUCUCUUAUGCAGAUCUAUACUCGGCUAUCAGGGUGCUAUCGUGUCAUUCCUUCACCACAUUGUCCUUACCGCCAGUUCUUAUGCUGGUCCUAUCACACAUGGUUGAGUUUUACAUGGACCUACCAUUCCUCCCAUUUCCAUUUUCCGUCCUUGGCAAGCUGUUGCCGCCGUUGCAAGGCGACGUGCGGCAUUUGAAGCCCGGGCUUUUUUCCAUUUGCACGCACUUAAUCGCUUCUAACUCCGACGUGAGCAAGCCUUUAGCUGAGGGCGGUUUGGGCUACGAGGGCGUAAUGACUACCCUCGAGGGCAUGGUUCUCGAGGUUCUCGAGUGGAAUCGGGAGCAUGACCAUCUGGGCGAGGGCGAGAGGAAGAAGACGAGAAAGGCGUAUACGACGUCGGUUUCGCUCGCUGAGACGAUUCGGAAACUUGGUACCGUUGGACCGCAGGUUGCGGCGUAGUCGGACCUGAGAAGAAUGAGAACCCAGACAGCAUGAAACAGAUAAAACAGGACUAGAUAGGGGUUGUGUAGAAAGUCUACGCGUGUUUUUCUGUAUAUCCAUUGCGUUGCAUUGUAUGUAUAUAUAAGACAAAGAUUCAAGACAAGAGUCAUAUACUAGUUUCUUGUCAUUUUGCAUGUGUAGUGGUUGACAAAAUCCAUGGAUUGAGAAAACCUUCCCAUCAUGUA